AUGAGCCACUCUAAAGUUAAUUCUCAGCGGAGUUUGAUGAAGAAGGAGCUACAAUCUAUUCUUACUGGUAUCCAGGAUCUUUCAGUUAAAAUGAAUAAACUUGAGAUCAAACUGGACAAUAUAAAAGAAGACUGUAAGAAACAACUGGAUUUAUUAAAUGAAAUUAUUAAGAAAGAAUCACUUAGAAAACCUAUAGUGGAGAAGAUAAGGAGAAACCGUAUCAACAGUAGCAUUCAACAGCUAAAGGAGUUAUUAGAAAAAGAGUUCAAGAGAAAAGAGCCCAGUUCAAAACUGCAGAUAGCAGACAUCAUGGAAAUGACUGUCAAUGUUUUGAGAAAGCACAACCAAAGUCAGGAAAAAGCUGCAGGAUCAUUGGAGAACAGCUCCCAUCAACAUUUCAGAAAUGGUUAUGGCAGAUGUUUACAGAAAACACUUGCUUUUCUUUCCUUACAUGAUCCUAACACAGAAGUUAAAACUCUGUUGCUGAAUCACUUCCUUCAGAUUCAGGCUGUAGAUGCAGAUGUGCAUUCUGCUUCUGUUCCUCCAGCAUCUCCUUCAGGUCAACAUCUGCAUCAGCAGGACAUUAUAUCUCCACCACAAUCUCCUUUAUGUCAACAUCUUCUAACCAAGGACACUCUGAACAGCACCAGAAUGUUAUGGAGACCCUGGUAAAGAAGGAAACAUGGUGUAAUAAGCACUUCUCAAACUAGAAGAAAAUGAGGCUUCAUGAGAUUCUACAUCUCCUCUUCAUGUAGAAAACUAGGAUUUUCCUGAAUAAACUGACUGCAAUAGUUUGAAGCUGUUUCCUUCAAAUUGAAGGCUCUCAAUUAAUGGUUGAGUGGUUAUUUGCAUUGUUGUGAGAUAAUGUUACACCGGUAACUAUUAUAGUACUAUAAAGUGUAAAGUGUGUCCUUCUUAUUAAAGGAGCACAGUAUUAUGUAAUCAUUACUGUGUUAUCUAUAACGUUUAUAGGAUAUUUAGAGCUAAAUAAACUGAUUAUAUCAGUGAAGUAUGUGCUACAUGUAGGAGUGAAACUCCAUCUACUUUUAUGAAACACACUGCUUUUGAAGCCUAGGGAAGAUAUUGUUAUAUAAGAUCUACACCAUCUUCAGGAAGGAAAUUUGGAUUUCCCUGAAGGCUUACAUUUCUAAACCAAUUACAUUAGUUUGUAGCUGUUUCCUUUAUACUGAAGGCUGCUAAUGAAGGAUUGAGUGGUUACUUGCAUUUUUCUGAGAUAAUAUUAUACCAGCAACUAUUUAUUAAUAUAUAAAGUGUAAAGUGCGUCCCUCCUAUUGAAGGUGUACAAUAUUAUGUUAAUAUCCUUAGUGUAUUAUCUAUAAUUUUUAUUUAAUGAUUAGAGCUAAACAAACUGGUUAUAUCAGCGAAUCAUCUACUAAAUGUAGGAGUGAACCUCCAUCUAUUAUUAUAAAACAUUAUUUUGGUUUUGACUUUCGCAUUUAUUGGAGAGUAGUACAGUUUAUGAAGUGCUUUUCUGUACUGUAUCCAAGUUAAAGGAAGUAACAUUACAUAUUUUCAUGUAUGCUGUUGUUUACUACAUAAUACUUUACUGAAUGUAGCAGAAGAAUGCUGUACCAAUCCUACAGCAAAGUACAACCCUUUCCUCAUUGUUAAGUAGUCCUAAAAAUGUACUGCCUGAAUUGAAAUGUAUUCCAUAGAAUGGAAAACUUAAGGAUACAAUAUGUUAUAUUCUACAGACUGAAAUCCACCAGAAAAAUGACUAGGAAAGUCCAGUGUAAAAUGUGUUUGAGAUUCAGUUAACUAACAAGUA